CCCGGCGGGGGCGGGGCUUCCUCGAUCCCGUGGUGCUCCGCGACGCGGCCCUCGCUUCUUCCGGCCGUGGCUUCGCUCUUCCGGUCUCUGGCGGCCGGGACGCAGAGGGCGGAGGGUCGCGGCGGUCGCGGCGGUCGCGGCGCAGCGACGGCGGAAUGUUGGCUACCAGGGUAAUCAGCCUCAUUGGCAAGCGAGCCAUUUCCACCUCGGUGUGUGUGCGCGCACACGGGAGCGUGGUGAAGAGCGAGGACUACGCCCUGCCCAGCUAUGUGGAUCGGCGCGACUACCCGCUGCCCGACGUGGCCCACGUGAAGCAGCUGUCUGCCGGCCAGCAGGCCCUGAAGGAGAAGGAGAAGGCCUCGUGGAGCAGCCUGACGCGGGAGGAGAAAGUGGAGCUGUACCGCAUCAAGUUCAAGGAGAGCUUUGCGGAGAUGAACAGGGUCAGCAACCAGUGGAAGACGGUGGUGGGUGCGGCCCUGUUCUUUAUCGGCUUCACGGGGCUCAUCCUGAUCUGGGAGAAGCGCUACGUGUACGGCCCCAUCCCGCACACCUUCGACAAGGAGUGGGUGGCCAUGCAGACCAAGCGGAUGCUGGACAUGAAGGUCAGCCCCAUCCAGGGCUUCUCUGCCAAGUGGGACUACGACAAGAACGAAUGGAAGAAGUGAGGCCCGGGGCCGGGACCGUCACCGUCCUGCAGCGCGCAGCCCGCCUGCCACGCUGCCCAGAGCUAAUAAAUGACCUGUUUACGCGA